AGUUCUAAGACAUGCUAUGGAGAAGAGAACAAGUGUCCAGGAGUCACGGAAAUUGAACCAAAGAUUUUUCACCAAAAACAACAAGAAAGUGUACCCAAUUAAGCUACAGAAAAGCUCGUCAUCUUCAUCCUUAUCUUCAUUAUCAUCAUCAUUGUCACAAAAUUCAAAUGACUCUUCUCUGACAGAUUAUUUGACUCUAGAGGAUGAAAAUAAUUCAUUAGCACUUCAUUUGAUUACUCCACGCCAAAGAAGGGAACCUCCAGUUACUAGUACUGCACAGCAACAACUAAGUCCAUGGACCGCUGAGCCUGGUGAAUUGAAAAGGUGCAACUGGAUCACAAAGAACUGUGAUAAGGCUUACAUAGAAUUUCACGAUGAGUGUUGGGGAGUUCCAGCUUACAAUGACAACAAAUUGUUCGAGCUGCUUGCAAUGUCAGGAUUGCUGAUAGAUUACAACUGGACGGAAAUUCUAAAAAGAAAGGAAAUUCUUAGACAAGUGUUUGCCGGAUUUGAUCCUAAUACUGUUGCCAAAUUGGAGGAGAAGGAAAUCAUGGAGAUAGCAUCAAACAAAGCACUUUUGUUAGCUGAUUGCAGAGUUAGAUGCAUUGUAGACACUGCCAAAUGCAUUAUGAAGAUUGUGAGGGAAUAUGGAUCAUUCAGUAGCUAUAUAUGGGGUUAUGUAAAUCACAAACCAGUGAUUAACAGAUACAGGUAUCCAAGAAAUGUCCCACUAAGGACUCCAAAAGCAGAGGCUAUCAGCAAGGACUUGAUAAAGCGUGGCUUUCAAUUUAUGGGUCCAGUGUUAGUUUACUCUUUUAUGCAAGCUGCAGGAUUGACCAUUGAUCAUCUUGUGGAUUGCUAUAGGCACACUGAAUGUAUAAGCCUAGCAGAAAGACCUUGGAGACAUAUCUAA